UGGACUCGCUUGCUUGGUUCUCCAUUUUGUAUGUUUUGCUUGAAGGUUAGCGCCUGCUUCCCUAAUGGAUAGCUGUGGAGCACCGUAGCUCAGCUUGUUUACUUUGCAGUUCGUUUUUGCGUUGUAUAGUAGAGAGAGAAUUUAAAUAUUCAUAUGUGUAUAUGUCACCGAGCAGCUUCAGCGCGGCUUGGUUUCCUCUAUUCACCACCAGGAGUACGACGCAAGAGGAAUUGACUAAUACCGAGUUGACGUGUUGUGGUCGGCCACUUUGAACCAUCACCAUGUUGAAAGACGAUCUGUGGGCUCUCAUCAACAAGUCGUCAUCUCAAGUGUUCAUCAGAGUGACUGCCUGGUGGAAGAAAGUGACUCUGUGCCUGGUGGUUUUGGCGUACAGUGCACUGUAGCGCCUACCUGAGGGAAGGAGUUUGAACAGUUUGUGUCCGGGGUGUGAGUGGUCUGCAGUGAUGUUCCCUGCUCGCGACCUGGACCUGGACCUGGACCUGGACCUGGACCUGGACCGACGCAGGUCACGUAUGGAGGAAGGUCGGCUCCAAUUAUUUUUUCUGCAGAUUAGAUGGUCCUUUGUAGUCUGACAUUUGAAAAUGCUUAAUUUAGGCCAAGAAUAUGUAGCAUUUGGCUUAGGUCUUGUACUGUAGGUGAAUUGGGGCUGUCUGUCAAACUGACAAAAGUAAUUGUUAUAUGCAUAAUGCCAAGCAAAGCCACGCACAUACUGUAUAUCUGCAUUACAUUUUCAAGCAGUAUUCAUAUUAUCUACUGAUUGUAUGACCUUUAGACAUGAAGAGCAGAGAAACAGCCCUAAAGCUGUAUGUUUCAGCCUUGGGCUCAUAUUCAGCAUUUCUUUUCCUCCAAAUACAUUGUGUUUUGGUCUCAUCAGACCACAUCACAUUCUGCCAAGCCUUGUCUGAGUCAUUCAGGUGUUGGUUGGCAAACCUCAGGCAGGCCUAUACAUAUGUCUUCUUGAGCAGGACGUCCUUGCAGGCACUGCAGGAUGAUCCUUACCCCUAAAGGUGAAAUCCUGCAUAGAAGUCCAGAGUGAUAUGGUAAUGGUUUAAUUUAUUUUAAACAUGCAUACAGGCUACACUGGAAUGCUUCACAUUCCAAUGCACAAUUCCACAUGUUGGAAAAGGAGUUGGAAGAAGCAGAGCUUAUUUAAUUCUACCCUCUCUCCUUUUCACACCAAUUGCUAAUAUAUUUGCUGUGUUCAGCAUGUACAUUUGCAAAAUCUGAAAUAACAUAAGAAAAUCAGGAUGUAUAACAAUGUGUUACAGUAGAGUUAAUCACCAAUCUGUCGCGAUCCACAAGUCGAUCUUUGGGUCUUUGCCGGUCUAUCGUGAGAAUAUUAGAAAAAACAUUUAUUAUUACAUCAGUGCCCUCACCUCCCGGAGAGUGACCAACAGGCUCCAUGGAGGCCAGUCCCCAAAACCCGGCCGAAGGUACCGGCGCACGCACACCGGCUCGCUUGCACAGGUUCACGGCCAAGACCAGGUACCUUGAGUUCAAAAAGGUUGGUGACCACCGCUAUAGUACCUUUCUGGUCCAAAAAAAAAAGUGAGUGCUGUUAUCUUUCUUCCAUUUCUGAUUCAAUGCGACAAUAGUGGUCUUUGUCUCACCAAGCGGUCUCAUUUUUGAGACUUGUUGAGACCAGCUCCUCGCAUUAAGCCAGUCUUUCACUCCUUGCAACACCACCUCUUCCAGUAUGCAAGACAACCAAAGGGAAAGAAUGGACCAAGGUGAAGUAAAGAUAACAUUCAGAAGAGAUGACCAAUCAGGCAAAUUGGUCUACACCGAAUUCGCAGAGUGGGGAGAUCCCUUGAAAGUGGCCCCUCGCAGUGCCAUCAGUUCUGCCGCCUCUGUUCUUCACCCAUCCGACCAGUCAAUGCAGCCUGGACAGUCUAACGGCCUCAACAGCAUCCCUGCUCCAAUAGACGUCACCUCCUCCUCCAUCACUGCCACUGUAAGCCCCUUGCAAGAAGGUCCACAGCAACAAGGCCCGACCAAAGAUCAGAGGCCGAUCUCAUCCAGUCGGCAAAACCCAGGGGUGAACUUGGCGCAGCUCGGGGGCAGAAUAGCACACUUAACCCCGUCUUCCAUGGAUUCUCUCAUUGGGGGAUCAGAUCCUAACUUUUUCUCAAUGAAAACUGAGGAUUUGUCGCUGGAUAAAGUAGGUCAUGAUCCCAUUGACUUGGAUCAUGCCUUUGAACACAUUGGGAAAGACAUCGACAUGAGCCAGAAAUUAUUCGGCGAUAACACUCUGGAUCUGCUCACUGACUUUGAGCUCACCGGCUCACCUUCAGAUUUUUAUGUUGGAGAUGACGCCUUCUUGUCCACUCUGGCAGAUGAAGCUAUACUCGUGGAUGUCGGUUCAGAGAGGGAAAUCAAGCCUCUUGCCACAGAGAUUGCUAACGGCAGUGGCUCACUCGCUCUCAAUGGUAACAGCUGUGUGGCCAGUCCUGAUCAGUCCAGCUCAUGCAUAUCCAGUACUGCCACCCUGACCCCUACAGCCACUUUGGUGAAGAAAGAAAAAGAUGGCGACUUCAUUCAGCUCUGCACCCAAGGUGUUAUCAAAAAAGAGAAGAUGUCUGGCAGCCAGACUUACUGCCAAAUAAGCAGCACCACAUCCACAGACCUGCCCACCUCUAGCCCCAUCUCCAUCUGUGGGGUGAGCACCUCGGGAGGUCAGAGCUUCCACUUUGGACUCAGCACACAACAGCAGAAGGAUCAGAAGUCGGUGGCCUGCCAGUAUCUUCCUGUCAGUGCAGGCUGGAGCAGAGCCCAGACCCCUGGACAAGUGUCAAGCUUGCAUCAGGCCUCUGAUGCGUUCCCAAGCACCCUCAGCUACCAGACCAGCUUUACCAGCUCAACUUCCCGCCAGGAAGGGGUCACGGCACCAUCAUUGACCCAGGGAAAGAGUGGGACUCAGAAAAUCUGCUUAGUGUGCUCCGACGAGGCUUCCGGUUGCCACUAUGGUGUGCUCACUUGUGGCAGUUGCAAAGUGUUCUUCAAAAGAGCAGUGGAAGGGCAACAUAAUUACUUAUGUGCUGGGAGGAACGACUGCAUCAUAGACAAGAUCAGGAGGAAGAACUGCCCAGCUUGCCGCUUCCGCAAGUGUUUAAUGGCGGGCAUGAAUCUGGAAGCACGUAAAACCAAGAAGUUGAAUCGCUCAAAAGGCAGCCACACAAGGAACCUGCCCGAGGUGCAACCCCCCCCACCAGCUGAGGCCCGUGCGCUUAUGCCCAAGUGUAUGCCUCAGCUGGUCCCCACAAUGCUGUCUCUUUUGAAGGCUAUCGAGCCAGACAUCCUUUACGCAGGCUACGACAGCACCUUGCCUGACACCCUCGCCCGCUUCCUGACGUCCCUGAACAGACUGGGUGGACGACAGCUCAUCUCUGCUGUCAAGUGGGCCAAGGCUCUGCCAGGUUUCAGGAACCUUCACCUGGAUGACCAGAUGACUCUGCUCCAGUGCUCCUGGCUCUUCCUCACGUCUUUCAGCCUGGGAUGGAGGUCUUACCAGCAGUGUAACGGCGACAUCCUCUUUUUUGCCCCGGACCUCAUCAUGAAUGAGGAGCGAAUGAAGCUGCCAUACAUGGCUGACCAGUGUGCACAGAUGAUGAGGAUUAGCAGCGAGUUUGUCCGGCUGCAGGUUUCCCUUGAUGAAUAUCUGUGCAUGAAGGUCCUGCUGCUGCUCAGCAUAGUGCCAAAGGACGGCUUGAAGAGUCAGGCGGCUUUCGAUGAGAUCCGGAUGUCUUACAUCAAGGAGCUGGGGAAAGCAAUUGUGAAGCGAGAGGAGAAUUCCAGCCAGAACUGGCAGCGUUUCUACCAGCUCACGAAGCUGCUGGACUCCAUGCAUGAGAUGGUCGGUGGCCUUCUCAACUUUUGCUUCUACACUUUUGUGAACAAAUCACUGAGUGUGGAGUUCCCCGAGAUGCUGGCGGAGAUCAUCAGCUACCAGCUGCCCAAAGUCAAGGCCGGGGGCGUCAAAGCUCUCCUCUUUCACCAGAAAUGACUGUUUCCCCCAAACGGACACGAUGCCUUAAAUACCCUCGCCACUCCCCCACCUCAUCACCGCCUAUUUCAGCCUGCAGAGUGACGGCAAAAGGACUUGAGAACGUCUUCAAGAGCAAGGUUUCUAGAGGGAGAGAGUGAAACAGUUGGAGAUAGAGAAGAGGUUCGUAAGAUUUGGUGUGGAUGACAAGUAGGAAUUGCUUUGCAGAUGGAGAGAAAUAGCAUCGUCUUGUCUCAGGUGACUUCCUUCACAGACACAUCUACAGUAGAACUUCUAACUCUACGCAGAUUCUGAUCGUAUUUUCUAAAUGUUCACAGUUGAUCAUUUUCCAGGUUGUAGUCGCCUGGAAGCAGACUAAACUCCGUGAAUAAUCUUUUCAACUCUUUAGUUUACAUAGGAGCCUAUUUUACACUGCUUUUGUGCUUUCAUCCUUUGGUAUUUGAAAACAAUAGCUAGGAUUGUUGGCCAUUCAAAGGAUGAUUUAUUCGCAAAAAGACCUCUUCCAGGUUUACGAUUAGAAAAGGGGGGGGAAAAAAUGUGCCUUUUUUUUUUUGCGUCAGAUAUCUCAGUUAUCGCUUCCUACCUGUCGGAGGCGUGCCUCUCCUCAGCCCGUCGCCGCCAUUUUACCCUGAUUGUACUUUCAUGACACAUGCAGUCGCAACGCUUCCUUUUUAAAUAGCUGCUUUUUCCUUGCUCCUUGAUGUGUGUGUGCACGUGUCUGUGUGCGUGUGUGUGUGUGUGACAGAGAGAGAGAGAGAGAGAGAGAGAGAGAACACCCCACAACCUGCCACCCUACCCAACCCGCACACUGAAGUGCGAUUUAAGCACUUUGUACCCUCGUAAAGGCUUUAACUGUGAAGAAGGACUGAGACUAAAGUCGGUCUUCAUGCAAGAUUUUAGGUUUUAGUCUGCCUGAUCUUAAUUGAUACCCCCCUUUGAGUCGCCCUCUCGUCCUGUUUGACGAAUCAAUUUAUGGAAUGUGAUAUGCGUUGACCAAUCAGAAAAGAGAUCCUAUUUUCAUGUAUUUGUAAUUAAUUCGUGCACCUAAAUGAGCCACCCAAUAUAUGGGUGCUGGUAGUGUUUAGUCACGUUUGUGGUUGCAUGGGACGGAUGCCUGCGGAGCCCCCAGUCUCAUCCAGCAAGUGUUUUACUCAUGUCCCAACUGCUCCUUUUUUAAAAUUAGCAUCAUAGAUGGAUACCGUAUUUCCUCAUAGUUGCCAGGGACAUUUACUUACUCAACUGCAGAAAGAACUAGGCAUUUGUUUCCCAUUAUUAAAGGGGGCCUAUUAUACUCAUUUUCGGGCCUUUCUAUAGAGCAGCUACACACGAUAACCUGCAUUAAAAGCUUUCUAGAUCUUUCAGACUCUGCACACUGCAGGAAGAGUCCUGCAGUGUUUCCUGCCUCUCGUCCAAACGGUCUACGUACUUUACUCCAUCCCCGGCCCUCCUCUAGGUACGCCUCCUGCCGAGCCCACUACGCUGUGAUUGGUCACACUCCAAGCGCUCCUGAGGACUUUCAGACAGCUGCCGAACCCCUUUUGUCCGAUGACUUCCACAAAAUAAACACAGUUAGGACACUGAUAAAUUGUUACGUACAGCUUGCUCUUCUGACUCUUCAACAUGGCCAAGUAACGUUGGAGACUUCAGCAACAGUUUGGUGGGGUAGUCCAGCUUCGUAUUGGCCCAUGUUCACAAAACAGUCCUGUGUGAAGUGCCCUUGACAGAUGAGCAUAUUUUUCUCUUGCUGGCCGGGAAUCAGCAACUCCAAGCACUUCUGCCUGAUGCUUGCCUCUUUAGGCACACCCCAACAAACAUUUCCUGGGAGCCAUUGCUCGACGUGCUAACACUGUGAACAGAGCGAAGCCGAGCGGGGGUGCUGGGCAUGCCAAUCUAAGGAAGUCUGGGUUGCAUUGACGUCAAUGGAACUCUGUGUUUAAAAAGAAAAAAGAGGAAAAAAAACACAGCUUGCAGAGCCGUCCAAUACUGCUUUCAGUGCUCACUUGCAAACCUCAUUAUCUGACGCGUUGGCAUCGUUUACCACGAGAAUACAACAUUACAGGUCAGAAAAGUGUAAUAGGGCCCCUUUUAAUGUUUGUAACAAUAUAAUUUGACGACUAUCAUACUGUAUAUACUGAGGUGUCACAAGAUCUCGCGAGAUUAAAAGGUGGCAGGAUUUCUCGGUCAGACAAAAAAUAAACUUCUCUCGCGGGCACUCGGCCUGGGAUGAUGAUAAAUGAAUGGCGUGUCUGUUUUCCUCAUCUCUCGCCUCCAAACAGGCAGGAAGAGGAUUCACUCUGUGCCUUGGUUUCAGAACCUCGGCAUGUUUGUCCCCAUAGAACAACGGCAUGAACGGGGUGCGCCCUUUUCUCAGUCAUACAGUCUUUGUCUUGGUGGGAGGAGGCGAGUGCAGAAGAGUGUAACGUAGUGGAAAUGAAAUGAAUGGAUUGCAAUAUAUUGUCGUAUUUUUUCAUUAUACUUUUGAAAUGUUAUGUUAAAGUCUCGUCUCGAUCUUGUAGACCCAAUCUCAUGAAUCAUCUCAUGAACUGAGUGUCUUGUGACACCCCUAGCAUAUACCAAUACAUAUUAUGUGCAGUGGGACCUUCUAUUGGCUGGUUAACUUCCAAGUUGUUCUAAUUAUUUUUAUUUUAUUUUUUUAAAUAUCGGCUGUGCAGGCAAUAUUUGAAGUAAAAUUUUGAACAUUCCUUACUGUCACACAAAUAACUAGAGAAGUUAACUGACGCAAAAUAAAAGUAAAAGUAAAACGACACCCUUUGAAGAAGCCUGGCAGACACCUAACAGGAAGAUGUUUGCCAAGCAAUACUGACACCUAGUGGUAUUUUAUAAUAAAUGUUUUUAUAUUGACUUAAUUGUAUUGCUCAUAUUGUACUGAGCAGCCAGAACCUUUCCCAUUUCUGAUUCUAUGAUCAUCACGUUUUUGUGGUGGCAUGACAAAGAUAAAAAAAAAAAAAAAAAGCCAAAGGAAAAGCAAAACACUUGUGUAAUUCAACUCUUUAAAGCCUGUGAACAUCAGCUUUAGAGAUGCCAUGUGUGCUCCGUACUGACAUCUACUGGUGACAUGUGGCAGGGGUUUUCUCUUGGGGGGGACGACUCAGCCAGCAGUUAAUUUGGUCACGCUGUCUUUUAGGGUGUUAUUUGAGGAAAUAUGGUAGUUGGUAGUCGCUCCCCUUGCAUCCCAUCUGUAUUUUAGGCACCUUGUCUUAAAGUUUGUAGCAGAUGUGUGUUUGCUACGUUGCUAUGUUCUCUUCUGUUUAACAGUGUCUGUGUCAGGGGGGAAACACUGGUGCAUUCAAGACAUGGUGUGUGCACGGGUGUGCGUGUGAGUGACACCAAGCAGCUUCACGCAGACGAUCAAUAGCUUCCCUGGUUGUGUUGUGUUGUGUUGUGUUGUUAGAUUGUGUUUGAGCUGCAAGCUGUUCAGCCUCUGUUGUUUGCGGUGUUCAAUCCUGUCAUCCUAUUUGUGUGGAAAGCACAAAAUAGUCGGGUUAAAAAGAAACAACAUAACGAUCCGAUUUGUUUAAUUUAGUUCUGUCAGGUUGAAAUCCUUAGACGAAUGUGUCUUGUCAUCACAUGUUAUCUUUUUAUAGAGCAAGGAACUACUAGUAUAUUGAAUAAACUUGCCUUCUUGGGUGGAAGGCAGUACAGCCAUGUGAUUUCUCUCAUCCAAUCGCUGAAGAAAGAUGAUUCGAAUCAUGAAAAUGUUGCAAUAUAAACAAAAAACUAUUCACCUGAAUAGAAGACCACACCUCUUCUUCAAGACCAUCUUUGGGGAAAAAUAUGGUUUUAAAUAUGAAUGAAAUAGCAACUAGUGAUAUCAUAUUUUAACAGUUGUUUGAUGAAAAUUAGCAUUAUAACUCCGAGGUUGUUUGCUAACAACCUUCAACCUCACUUGGGGAGAAGUUGUUUAGCGCCACCUGUUGGGUUGCAUGUAGAAAUCUCUAGACCCCGUAGGGCCACAUUGGGGGGGAAAAAUAAAAUAAAAAUCUGAGAUUUCAAGAAUAAAGUACAUUUACAAGAAUAAAGUAAUGAAUUGAUGAGAAAAAAAGAGUACAUUUGUGAGAAUAAAAGUAGUACAUUUACGAGAAUAAAGCCGUAAAUUUACGAGAAUAAAGUUGUAAUAUUACGUGUCAGAGGGAAAAUAGAGCAUACUGUAGCUCUUCUUGCUUUUAUUUACAACGCGGCGGCAAAAAAGAGCAGUUGAGCAUUUAGAUUAGCAUGUCUAGCAAUUCUUACUUCCGCCUUCCUUAUCCCACCCCCUCCACAUGCACAAGGCCAAAGGUCACAUAAGGCCCCUAUUUUCAUAGCUGUCUCAGGCAAUGUCUGUAAAGUUAAAAGUUUUUGCUCGUAAAUUUCCCACUUUAUUCUGGCAAUAUUAGACGCUAUUGUCUCGUAAAUGAGCGACAAAUAGUCGUAAAUUUAUGACUUUAUUCUCAUAAAUUUACAACUUUAUUCUCUUAAUUUCAGAUUUUUUUCUCAUAAAUUUAGUCGUCAAUUUAUGACUUUUUCUUGUAAGUUGACGACUUUGUUCUUGAAAUCUCCGAUUUUUUUUCUCGUAAAUUUAGUCGGAAAUUUACGGCUUUAUUCUUGUAAAUUUACAAAUUUUUGUUGUAAAUUUACGGCUUUAUUCUCAUAAAAAAAAUUAAUUUACGAGAAAAACAUUAAUUUACAACUUUAUUACAAAACGUCUUUGUUCUCGUAUAUUUAUGACCUUAUUCCCAUAAAUUUAUGACUUUAUUUUCGUAAAUUUACAACUUUAUUCUUGAAAUCUCCGAUUUUUUUUCUUCUAAAUUCAUUCGCAAAUUUACGGCUUUCUUCUUGUAAAUUUAAACAAAUUUUGCCGUAAAUUUACGGCUUUAUUGUCAUAAAAAGUUAUAAAUUUCCGAGAAAAACAAAUUCAUUUACGACUUUAUCCUCGCAAAACGUCUUUACUCUCGUAAAUGAAUGACUUUAUUCCCAUAAAUUGACAACUUUAUUCUCGAAAUCUCAAUUUUAUUUACUUUUCCCCAAUGUGACCCUAAUACUCGGCCGUAAACAACCUUCACCCGCUCGGGGAGAAGUUGCUUGGCGCCACCUGUUGGUUUGCAUGUAUAAAUCUCUAGACUGCCACUAUAGGAUGACCAAUCAUGAUGGAAGAGAUAUCUCAGGUCAAUAAGGUAGAUAUUACUAGCAUACUGUAUGAUUAUGAUGCAUAUACUGUACCUGUAAUGGUAGUCAUUCCAAGUAUUUCAGCAAAGACCCUAUAAAGCAGGGGUGGGCAAAGUAUGGUCGCCAUUUUUUUUGGCUAUUGAACACCUUUAAGUGUCUCUAUGAGCUUUUUUACAGCCGUCAUUUUGACACAGGAAAAACAACCCAUCUAAAUGACUUUUGGACAGGACUGUACUGUAUGUAUUUACAUGUGUCCCAUCAAGACGGAGAGUUCUUUUUACACAGAAAAUGCAAUAUUUUAGACUGAAACACUGAAAGAGACCCCCCACUGCCCGCACCUAACCUUGGAUGUUAUCAGACCGAAUUGGGGAUUUUACCGUUCAGCUCCUUGCCAGAGAACAGCAAAAAAUACUGAAAGAUUCUAAACAAUUCAAAUUAAGUUCACCUGCGUUUUAACUUCACCCGAAAAAUCUUCUUGUGAGAAGCGUAGUUGCAUUUUCCUUAAUUGCUUCCACGAGGUCGCUGGUGUCAAACUCAACGCUCAUUUUAUGGGACUUGCAAAAGCCUGGGAAUGUUGUGCAUCAGUCAGACACUUUAUCUUUUAAAAUGCACCGAAAUUGCAGUUCUAGUAUAACUUCAUGAAACAUUUUAUCCCAAGCUUUUUUUUGGUCAUCAAAACCCUUUUUGAGAUCAGUCACAAUAAAUCAGGGGUGUCUAAAGUGCGACCGGGGGCUUUUUUUUUGGCCCGCAGCACAUGCUAAAAAUAUAAUUUAACAAGAACAUUUUUUCAAAAAACAGCAAAAGUUGAAAAAUCAGCAGUGAUUUUACAAGAAUGAAGUCCAAAUAUUAAGACAAAACUGUUGGAAUCUAAUGAGAAAAAGUAGUAAUGUUACAAGAAUAACGAAAUAUAAUGACAUUUUAGUAGCAGAAAGUAAAAUUAUUUAACAAAGACGUUAUUUUUUAAAAGUCGUCCUAUAUGAAAAACAUGCAAAACAACUAAAAAAGUUGUAAUUUUUGGAAAAUCGGGUUGCGGAAAAAGGUAUAAUGUUAUGAGAGGAAAAAAGGCAGAAUUACAGGAAGAAAAUUUAUAAGAAGAAUGUUGAAAUGGAAAAAUCAAAAAAAAAAAGCAGAAAUGAAAACAGAUGUGAUUUUAUGAGAAUAAAGUGAAAAUAAUUCAAUAAAAUAUUUGUCAUAUUCUAAUGCAGUUGUAAGAGAAUGCACUCAAAUCUGAAAUAUGAGGAAAAAUAAUAGUAACAGAGUUGAAAUACAAGAGAUAAAAACUAUUUUUUUAAAUAAAAUAUGAGAAACAAAGCAAAGUAAAGCUCUCGUUUUUGGAAAUAAUAUUAAUUGAAAAAAGACAUAAUAUUUACAGUACGAAAAGAAAAUUUACCGAGAUCAUUGGAGAACAAAGCUGAAAUAUUUUGACAAUUAAAAAGAAAAAACAACAGCAAAAAUGCGUUUUUAAAAAAAAAGCAGAAGUUGAUACUAAUAGAAGGUUUUUUCACCUACAGUAUAACAAAGCUGAGAUGCAGUUUUUUCUUGAAGUAUAUACAGUAUAACUUCGUGGCAUAUCUGUACAAAAUUUGAAAGUGGCCCUUGCAACCUUUCAUUUUUUCAUAUGUGGCCCUCGGUGGAAAAAGUUUGGACACCCCUGAAAUAAAUGAAUAGCAGUUAUAUCUUGCUUUUUGUUAUUAAUUCAUUCCAAAAGGUUUGACCCAAAUCGAAAUGUAUGAAAACGUUUCCCAUAGGAAAUAAUGCAAGUCCAAUGAAUCCCUCCCACCCCCCCAAAAACAUGAACACAAAAUACAUUUCAUACAAUAAUCAGCGUUGUGCAAACAAUAUGAAAUCAUUAUAAAUGAAGAAUGGAUGGAACUUCUUUUUGAUGCAGACGUGCUGUACGUCCUGGCGAGAUGGAAUUCAACUGUGUUUCUCGCCUUCUUUAUGAAAUUGCUGACACUUGCAACUUUCUUUGGCCCCGUGGCGGGUUAUUUAGCGGUCACACUCAAUGGAAAAAUACACCACCAGUGAGGGUGCAUUGUUGAGGCACUCGAUCUCGCGCAACGAUACAGUACAGGGCAAACGAUACGGUACAGGGCAGAGGGACUAGUUUGUGACACGCAAUGUUGCACGAAAACAGAGACCAAAUUUUGACAAAAAAAAAAAAAAUGAAAGUUUGACUGGACUUCUGCUUGUCACCUUGACUUCUGACUCCAAAGCCAGGUUUCCAUCAGUUGGCUGGUAAAUAAUGAUAAUUAGGCUUGUCACGAUAAUCGAUUAAUCAAACCAUUAAAAAAAAAAAAAAUAAUUCGGGUCAUUUUGCUGGUCUCGAUAAAUUGACGUGCUUGCGUGUUUGUUUUCCUCUCUCUUUACCGCACAGGCUGGAUGACAAUAGGGUUCACGCUACACGUUUGUGAAGUUGGUUUCAUGUUGCACGUUGGAUGUUCGUCUCCCUGGCUGUUAAUUCCACGUUAGCAGUUGGAUAUUCAGCUCCGUAGCAACAGCGGUAGUUCCCCCUCACUGUGCCCCGGACUGCUCUCUCAUGGUGCGGGGAGCUCGCAAAGGAAGAGUGUGUGGAAAUAUUUCCCUAGCGGACCACUCAUCCACAGCAACAUGUCCUCACAGACACUAACCAGCCCUCUCCUGAACUAAACAUGUCGAGGCGGCAACCGGAAACAUCGGCUAAGUCAGUGGAAAAAACUUUGAUACUCUUACUAACCACCGAACGUGAGCAUACAGCAAUAACCAGUAUAAGCUAGCUGGGUUAGCUUGCUUUAGCAGAGCAUGGUAAUGCUAGUGUGUGUGUGCGCCACUCAGGCUGUGCGUGUUGUGUUUUAGUGCUUGUUAAUGUAACCCAGCGUUUUAGGUGAUAGCUAUCUCUCUUGGCCAUAGUCAAAACACAUUUUCAUCACACUUCCGGCCUUCAAAAUAAAAGCGGCGCAGAUCAUGUCAAAUAGUGGUAGUAAAAUGAGAGUGUCAUAAAAUAGCUGAAUAAUAAAGCUAGAUUAAUAAAGCUACUACAAUUGCAUCUGCAAUGUUAUUGAAAUGCUCUUGACAUUCCAAUUACAAUGUUAUUAAAUACUCUUGAGAAAUUCAAGUUUAUUGCUUGUGAUGUGAUGGACUCACAUUAUUAUGCCAUAUAAUUAAUGCAAAAUUGUCUCAAAAAAUGUCAAUGAUAUCGAUUAUCAACAAUAAUUUAUAGGAUAAAUCAUUUGUUAUUGUGACAGGCCUAACAAUCAUCAAAUGAGGGGGAAAUUGUGUACUAAUGAGGCGAUGACACGUUGAUGUGCAAGCCGUUACAAGCCGUAAACGCUGGUGAAAACGAGUUUGACGCCCCUGCGCUAUAGUUUAUAUACAGUACAUCUACUACAUUUACACUGAGCUCAUUUUGACCUCACCUGCUCCGACCCCUGAACUUUGACAUUUGCCCACCUCUGCUUUAAAAAAGGUGAAAGAAGACCCUUCCAUGUUGCCUCAUUCAUAGCAAGGAAAGCUCGUGCUGACUUCAGUCAGUUACUCAUUCACGUUUGACCCUGGCUCAGGUUCAUGUCUCAAAUAUUCAGUUUUGCAGUGUUUUUGUUUGUUUGUUUUCCUUCCCCCAAGUACAUUAUCCAACCAUCAGGAAACUGCUCUUUUUCUUGCCACCUUUGUUCAGUAAAGGCUUACUUUCACACUCAGUCUGCUCAAAUCUCUGCUGCUGCUCUUUUGAAACAGAUACGUAAAUAGAUAUAUACAAGUAUACUAUAUAUACACACAUACUUGUCCACAAAUUCUUUUCCUGUUCCAACAAAAUAUGCAAUAGAAACGCCACCACAAAGGAUCACCACCACGUCAGAUAUAAGCUAUUUUCAUACACUUUCAGGAACACACGCAAGCCUAUUUGAUGUUUUGACUACAAGGUGACCAAAGCACUUAACACACAAACUCACUAAGUAGCUCCUUUUUGCUUUUACUUUGUUUUGUUCUUGUAAAAAAAGGAAGAGAUUUCGAACGAUUGGUGAACUUGUGUUUAUACUGUGAAUAGAAGUCAAGUCUUUUUCACACCAAACUGUUUGUGAAAGUAAUCAGUCAGCUUGAAUGGGAAAAGAUUUGCACUAGCCAACUAUUGUUUGGAAAUCUAUUUUGUAUUAAAAAAUAAUAAUAAUUCUAAAAAAAAAAACCUUAUGUGCAGACAUUUAGACUCGUCAAGGACACGUAAGGAGUUUUCACUUUGUUUUUCUGUACAUAUAUAUCCAGUGUGGUGUAUUUGUCUCCAAAUUCAUGCUCCCCCCCCCCAUACUCUCUAUUUAGUUUGCUCUUCUUGUGUAGUGUGACUUGUUUUGUGCCCUUUCCUUGUGGUCCCCGUCUUCCAUCCAAGUAAGGGUGUGUACACGCUGUAGUUUGCCGUGGCACCUGAUUUAACACAACAAAACAAGGUGACACUCCUGUCAUUCAUUGUAAGCCACUCUUCAAUCAAGCACUUGGUUAGCAAAUAAAAGCGCUUUUCCAUCCUGC